GUUGCUUCUUUGAAACCGCUUUCUUUACUGGUUCUCCACCUCCACACAGAAACAUUCAAAAAAAAAAAAAUUCGAACUUAAUCUUCUGGUCCUGGAUUUUGGACUUAUUUUCAACUCUGCAAUCGAAAAAGGAAGGUAGGAGGAGGGAGACGAAGCAGAGAAGAAGAUGAGCGUCAUCGAAAUCUUGACAAGAGUAGAGGCGAUCUGCCAGAAGUACGACAGGUACGACGUCGAAAAGCAGAAGGAUCUCAACGUCUCCGGCGACGAUGCCUUUGCUCGCCUCUACGCCUCCGUAGACGCCGACAUUGAAUCCCUUCUUCAGAAAGCGGAAAUUGCUUCGAAAGAGAAAAAUAGGGCAUCUGCUGUUGCGCUGAAUGCUGAGAUUCGGAGGACCAAGGCUCGAUUGCUUGAGGAGGUUCCCAAGUUGCAGAGGUUGGCUGUAAAGAAGGUGAAAGGGCUUUCAACCCAAGAGUUUGCUGCUCGUAAUGACUUGGUCCUUGCGUUGCCAGAUAGGAUCCAGGAUAUACCAGAUGGGACUCCUGCUGCACCCAAACAAACUGGAGGCGGCUGGGCAGCUUCAGCUUCUCGUACUGAAAUCAAAUUUGAUUCGGAGGGGCGGUUGGAUAAUGAAUUCUUCCAACAAUCUGAGGAGUCGAGUCAAUUCAGGCAAGAGUUCGAAAUGCGGAAAAUUAAGCAGGAUCAAGGUUUGGAUAUGAUAUCAGACGGUUUGGAUACAUUGAAAAAUAUGGCUCAGGAUAUGAAUGAGGAAUUCGAUAGGCAAGUUCCUUUGAUGGAUGAGAUUGACUCUAAGGUGGACAAGGCAUCUGCUGACCUUAAGAAUACCAAUGUCAGACUGAAAGACACAGUUAACCAGCUGAGGUCCAGCCGAAAUUUCUGUAUUGAUAUUAUAUUGCUGUGUAUAAUUUUGGGCAUUGCUGCGUAUUUGUACAAUGUACUGAAGAAGUGAGGUGGCAUAAAGAGCGGUUUGACCAGUUCCAAGAUUUGUUGGCUUGUCCGGUAUUGUUUUGCAUUUUGAGGACUCAGUUUGGUGCUUGAUAUGUGUUAUUUGAUUGUUUAUUUCAUGUUGAAGAGUGUCUGUUCAUACUACCAUGAAUGUAUUUUUCAAGUACAUGAGUCAGUUUUACGUCGUAGUUGGUUGUGUCCUCUAAUUUGCUUUUGUUGGUACUCUGUGAGGCUGUAUCUGAAUCCAUACUUCAAUUUAUUAAACCUUUGUUGACCCAUAGUUAAUAGA